CUCAACAAUUGCCCCUCGGAAGUCAAUUAAUCAACGACUUCUCAAUUAAAUACAAACCAACGCCUCUGGCGAAUGCGCGCAUAUCAACAAGUCCAAUUCAAACCCUCUCCCUCCAUCAAUCCCCUAAAAAAGGACACAAACCUUCAAAAUGGGCUUCCUCGAUUGGAACGACGGUGCCUCUGUCCUGUCAACCAGGACAUCAUCUCGUCGCCAUAAAUCUUCUCGCUCUCACAAGAAGCGCUCACGAUCAAACUCGAGCGAGCGUGGCCGCGGCUUCACAGAGUCCAUCUUUGGUGGUGGCGGUAGCAAGCACAAUGCCUCUCGCGCUUCAUUCUUUGGACUCGGAGGCGGCAACAGCAGCCGCUCCAGCUUCUUUGGAAACAAUCGCUCUUCUUACUACAAACGCUCCCCUCGUCAGGGCUUCGUCCAAAAGACCUACAAGCAGCUCAAGCGUCUCCUCCGCGAUCUCGUCCACUGGGCCAAGCGCCACCCCUGGAAGGUCUUCUUCAUGGUCAUCAUGCCCCUUGUCACCGGCGGAGCUCUGACUGCCCUCCUCGCACGCUUCGGCCUGCGCAUCCCGCCUGCCAUCGAGCGCAUGCUCGGCGUGGCCUCCAAGGCCGCCACGGGUGAUUCCUCCGGUCUUGUGGGCGAAGCUGUCCGCAUGGCCAGUGGCUUUGGCGGCAACACUUCUGUUCGUAUGGAGCGCGAUACGCACACAUUCAGCAGCGGAGGUGGUGAUGGUGGUGGCAGCACAUGGGGUGGUCUUGCUGGUAUGGCCAAAAAGUGGAUGUGAUGUGCUUUCUAUUUAAGCGAGCGAAGCGAGAUGGCGCCGUUACUUUGAAUUGGACUGGACUGGACUGGAUGGGAUUGGUAUGGGAUAUUGACUGACAUAAUUUGACGAGACGACACGCGUUUUGGGUCAUCGACUCCAGGCGUUUUGGGAACCAGAUUCCUUUUUAUUUAUUUCUUCUACUGGGAGGAUUUUGUGCUCACGUCGCCACUUCUACUUAUUUGGCCAUGAUUUUACAUAGAUACACUACAUACAUGCCGGCAUUCUUGAAUAAACUCACGACUUGAUGACCCCUGA